CUUGCGUUCAUUGCCUUGGACCGUUUGACCGUGCCAAACUCUCAAACGGCGGACGUUCUUCACUAUAACUUCUGGUAAUGGUCACUGUUCUCCUCCCAACGUUUCAUCCUCAUUUCUGGCAUCAUCUCCAUCAUUUGCAUUGAGCUUCUAAAAUCAAUAUACCUCACUUCAGCUCCGGAGGGACAUUCAGCCUCGUCACUUCCUCACGUGUAGACAGUGGCACAGUAUUCACCUGCAAUGAGCAACCAUCAUAUUACCAAGACCGACAUCACAAUGUCUGACCAGGUCAAUCUCAGCCCACAAUUCUUCAUCACCCGCCAGAAUGGUGCAUUGGUCCCACUGAUCGCAAUGGACGAACUGCCAAUUCAUGUCCAGAUCCGUGGCGUUCCUCGCAGUAUGACGGCAUUCGACAUCACCGGCAUGACACCUCUUGGACUCGUGGAAGCUCGUCACCAAUACUACGUGGUCGAAUCACUCAACAACACGAACACAACUCCGCGCAAGGCCACUGCCACUGCACAUGCCAUGUCAGAAGCUCCUCUCGAACCAUCAACAGAGAUACCAUCUUUCAUCACGCCAUUCACCAAACCUGCAUCUACCAUCAUACCGAUUGUCAAGUUCCCCAACUCAAUCGAACAAUCAGGCGACUCAACCAGCAUCUCCUCUUUCUCUGAAGAGAGCAAAACCAACACUCCCGCCCAAACCUCCACCAACUCGGGCCCUCACAUUGGCACCAUCCCAGUACCAGCAUGGAGACAACAUGCCACCACCGACAACACCAUCAAUACGAAUACAACGACCCCCACAAAGAUCGACGACAUCAAGCCAGCAACCACCACCGGUCAGCAAUCUGGCGCAGGCAUCCCACUCACCGGGAAAAAGGUCUACUGCUCCUACUGGCUCCGCAAAGGUGAAUGCGACUUCGCCCAGCAAGGCUGCAUCUACAAGCACGAAAUGCCCACCGACCUCGAGACUUUGCUGACCGUCGGCUUCACCGACAUCCCACUCUGGUACCGCCAGCGCUACGGGCUGGGCAGUCUCCUUGUCGAAGGUGGUCGCAACAACCCCAGCUACGGGCUCGGUGAUCGCAACCUUCCUGGUGCUCCAGUCUCUGCUCCUUCCCCUGCACGAAAAUUCCAAGUCGGCGACAACGCCAAGCGCAUGAUCCACAACCAGAUUGGUGGCACCGACUCUCGACACUUCCGCUCUUACUCUCCACGUGGUGGCCGCUACGGCGGCGGCGUGGGUCGUCCGUGCGAAAUGGACCGCCGCGCACAAAUCGAGGCCGAAGAGCAAAAGCGCAAGGAGACCGAAGAAGCCAUUCUCGCCGUGAUCAGAUUGGACGAAGAAGAGGAGAAGCAGCGCCAAGCCCUAGCGAGGAAGUACAAGUGUCUCGCGCCGGAGCGCCGGAGCGUCUUCGUGGGGCAUGAAGACCUGGCGACCGAGACUUUCAGCAAUGGCGAGGAACCCAACGAUCUGAUGGCCAAGAUCAAGAAGAUCGAGCAGAGGGGGUGGGAGGAGGAGCAGGCGGAGCGGAAGAGGUUGGCGGAGAUGGCUGAGAAGGAGAGAAGUGUCGUCGCAAGUGGAGUUGGCAAGGGCGACAGCAAGAAGGAUGGAGCAAGUGGAGGUGGAAGUAAGAAGGGCGGAGACGGGAAGGGGAAGAAGAGUGGUGGCGGCAAGAGAAAGGGUGGUCAGGGGAAGGGUGGGAAGAAGUAGGGGCAUGGACUGGUUGGUAGCGACGGGUGGGAGUGACUGGCAGAGGGAGCAUCUCGUGACGGAGUGCGGAACAGCGACACGUAUGGUCAUGACCAGGCUACAGCGACGAGAACGCAUUUGCCCAAAGGUGUUGUGGUGAGCUAGGUUUUCAAUGAAU